AUGCCGGGCGGGCUAACCUCAGUCACGAGCAUCUGCAAGUUUUGCCAGAGCAAGUUUUACCCAUGCCUCUGCGAGACCAACUACCGAGACAUCCCUCAUACGCGACUCCUCGUCCCGCCGCGGGUCGUGCGGGAGGCCGAAGUGAGGCGUCUGAACUCAAAGCCGAUGGGACACCUCAAGGAGCUGGAGACCAGCCUCGAUGUCUGCGGCAUGCAGAAGGACACGAUCAUUAUGGUCGGCCCAGCCACGGGUGAGGAGGAGCAGCAGGAUAGCCUGCCACUGCCAUCUGCAAGCAAGGUCAAGGUGCUGUGGCGAGAAGAUAAGACCUAUGUCGUCAGCGAGACCGGGGCAGAGGCUAUAUAUCAGACGAUUGACUUCUCAAAGGAGGAGUUGAAGCGAUUGCUAGGUCACCUUGUCGAGCGCAACAACGAGUUCACGGUGCGAGAGCGGUGGCAUGGUCGGUACAUCAAGCCGAAAGAUUUGCACUACACCACCAUGAAGGAGGCUGUACGAGACUUGAACCUGAUCCGAGUCCGGACGGCACGACAAAGCUUUUGGGAGGUUUCCUAUGUGCGGCACAAGGGCAAAGCCAGUGCAGCAGGUCUACUCGCAGGCCACCGGAUCAUCGACCUCAGCGUGUCAGUGAAAGACCCGACCGAGGUCGACGAGGUCUUCCGGAAGAUUAGGGACGACUCCUUCAGCCGCUGGCUGGAUCCCGAGGGGACCCAGAUUGUCCCAGAUGUGUUCCUCUCCCUGGAUUUCAGCCCAGAGAAGCACAAGGUCGAUGAAGCCUUGUUUCCAU